ACAUCAAAGCCUCAAAGCCAAUAAUUUCAAUUGCCAUAUGAUUCUUUUUUUUUCCGUUUAUAAUUAAUCCAUUUAUUGCAAUGAAGUCCUAGGUGAAUUGCUGGAAAUGGCACAGAAACAAUAGCCGUGCUUGGUGGUUGAUCUGAGUUUAUUUUGAUGGAGUCAAAAUGCUUAAUGUAUGUGCUACUGACAUUCCUCUUAUUAGAAGGGCCAUGGUGCCAAGGGUGUUGGGACCAUGAGAGCACUGCUCUCCUCCAACUCAAGCCAUUUUCGAUAAUCCUUAAAAGUCCAAAAAAAUGGUGGGUGAGAGGAGAGGAAAAUUCAAAUUGUUGUCAAUGGGAGGGGGUUGAGUGCAACUCUACCACUGGACAAGUCAUAACACUCAAUUUCAAUUACAAAAAGUUCCAAGAAUCUAAUAGUGACAUGUCUCUACCUCGCUAUGGGAAUCCCACGUUUGAUUUUAUGGAAUUGGAGAAUCUCAUGUAUCUGAAUGCAUCUUUGUAUCUUCCACUUGAUGAUUUGAGGAGUCUCUAUUUGGCUGGAAAUGGGAUAGCUGGAAAUGGGAUAGCUGGUUGCAUUGAAAAUGAAGGUUUUGUUAAGCUUUCAAAGAAGUUAAGUAAUUUGGAAAUCCUCAACUUGGAAGGAAAUUUCUUCAAUAACAGCAUUUUGCCAUUUUUAACUGAGAUUUCAUCUCUUAGUGAAAAUUGGUAUCCCCUUUCUUUUUACAAAAUCUGACAUCUUGAUGUUCUUAUUCUUUCUCUUUGAUUGCUAUUUGUUCUCUUCGAUCAAUUUCCUUUUACCUUGUUACUUUUUUUGAGUGCUUUGAAUUUCUCUCUUGAAUGUAAGUUAGCUCCUCUGAAAUCCCUAGAUCAUUAGCCCAAUGAUUGAACCUUGCCCCUCCUUUCUUUUGAUCAAAGUCCUCGUUCAGAGUAGUAGAUGGAACAAGGGAGAGGAAGAAGAGCGUGUAGAGGAGAAAGGGACAAUAAACAGUUGAAGAAAGGAAUUUUUGUAUG